AUGGCAGAAAGAGAACCACUGUCGUCCCAUGCCAUAGCUGAUAUUUUGUCAUCCUUCGUGGACACCGGAAGAAAUUUAUUAGAUAUCGCGGAAAAUGAGAGCAGACACGGUUCUCUGCAAGAGUUUAUACAGAAGAAAAUUAGCAUUGAAAAUCCUAAAUGUUUGUUGGGACUGAUCGAAGCAGGUGCUGAGAUGUACAAAAGAAUGUCUUUGAAGACGAAAACCGAGGCUGAGACUACAUGGAAAAGAGCUUACCACUGUGCUGAAGUCCAGGAAGCUGUUGAAAACUAUUUUCAGCUUGGUGUGCAGUGGGAUGCCUUUCUUGAAAAACUGGACAGUAUGCUGGAGAUGAGUGACAAAGCUCAUGUGCAGCCUGCAAGAUUUCUUCCAUCUGAUGUGUCACUCGUCGAUGCAAGGACUGGAGAAACUUUGAUGCUGGGGAAGUACCUUGGAAGAGGUGAAAAAAUUCUUCUGGUCCUGAUACGACAGUUUUCCUGCCUCCUUUGCAGAAUACACCUCAACGACUUGCAGACCAAACAGGCAGCCUUGGACGCUCAUGGAGUAAGGGUAGUUGUAGUAUCAUUUGGUUGCCAAGAGGGGGCACUACACUGGCUGAAAGAAACAGGCUGCCAGUACGACCUGCUGUUGGAUCCACACAGAAAUAUUUACACUCUAUUUGGCCUUGGAGCAUCUCUCACAAGAGUUUUAAACUUUAAUAACAUGCUUCUAUAUGCUGACUACAUCUUAUCUGAUCAUGAGUUCCCUCGGCCUUUGCCAUCCAUCCAGGAUGACAUGUUUCAGCUUGGAGGAGACUUUGUUCUGGAUGAGCAGGGGAAAGUGAUGUUCUCCCAUCGCUGCAAGAGUCCUAUUGACAGGCCAGCAGUGGAAGAAAUACUGUCAGCCCUUAACACAACAAACCUCUCAACUGCAUAA